AUGGAAAGUAAAAACGUGCGUAGUCCCCCAUCGAAAAAACCAUUCAAACUGCCUCCAAAACUUACUCCAAAAAUGUGGAAAAGGGACGAAGUGCUUGCCUUCCUCCACACAUACGAAGAAACAAUUCACCAUCCUGAUGAAGAUUGCUACGACAACGAAGAGGACAUUUGGAACAGCAUCUCGCACAAGCUAAACAACCAAGGCAUUGAGGUGUCUGCAGAUCACUGUAAAAGCAAAUGGAAUUUGCUUUACAAAACUUAUCUAGCAAAACCGAACCGCGAAGGUACUUUUUUUGAAAUCAUCAAACGUAUUGUAGAUGUCCCAUCCAGUUCGGAAGAGCAUAUUGAGGUAGCGGAAGUGUGUCCGACGAAGGAAGAUGUUCUGAUGUUGGACGAACGGAGUGACGACGAAUCACAUGGGUUGGAUGAGAGCACAGAAAAAACCAUCCACUCUGUUAGUAUGACUAUUGAGAAGGUUGUCGAUUCUCCCGUCCGGGACUCCAGUAGCCUGCGCACAUUGAUUGAAGCACUGUGCUAUAAGAUCGACUUAUUAACCGAGCAGCAGCAAAGACAAGAAAAACGCAUCGAAGAGGUUUAUCAAUUACAAAAGGGAAAUCAAUUAUGUUUAUUAGAAAUAAAAAAAUGUUUAGACAUCCCGUAAUGAAGUAACCAUUAAGUUAAAAGUUAAC